AUGUUUUUACUGGUUUUGGAAGCGGCUGGCAAAGAGGACGGUAAGAUUUCGGGUAAAAAUGAAGAGAAUUCCUAUGCGGAAGCGGAAGCGGAAGAAUUCGAAGAUUUGUCCGAAUUCCACGCGGAAGACAAUGACGUGGAAUUGUCGAUUGUUCCGCGUGAAUCCGGAAUUCCGCUUGUCCGCCACGAUGAGUACAGUAGUAAUUUAUUGUAUGCGGAAGCGUAUCAGAGUUAUAUUCAGGCGUUGGCUUGUGAGUUUGGUUUCAAUUUUCGAGCAUUGCUCAUGUUAACCAAUUUUUUUGACCUAAAAAAUUGAGGAUUGCUCAUGUUAACAUAAAGCUGAACAUUAGAGUUUUUCAGAAAUAUUUGAGCAUUGCUCAUGUUAAUUAAAAAUUUCUAAAUUUAGGUGUUGCUCAUAUUAGCCAGGAAUUUUCAGCCUGAAAAUUUAGGGAUUGCUCAUGUUAAGAUUAAGCUGAAAAUUACAAAUUUUCAGAAAAAACUAUGCAUUGCUCAUGUUAAUUAAAAAAAAAUUCUAAAUUUAGGGAUUGCUCAUCUUAGCAAGAAAUUUUCAGCCUGAAAAUUUCUAAAUUUAGAAAUUGCUCAUGUUAACAUCAAGCUGAAAAUUACAGAUUUUAAGAAAUAUUUGAGCAUUGCUCAUGUUAGCUCCUAACAUGAGCAAUCCAAAUUUGAGUGUUUUUUGAUUUCCGGGGGCUGAUCUUUCAACUCGCCUCCAGAUUUUUUCCAUAUUUUUCACGCAUCAAAAAAUUUGUUUGGGAUUUUUUUUUGGAUUUUGUGGGUGAAAAAUAUUUUGAAAAAAAUGGGGAUUUGGCAAAAUUCCGAGAAAUGAACAAAAUUUUAAAAAUAUCUUACUUAAAAUUAUUUUUCACGUGACCCAAUUUUUUCCACAUUUUUUUCGCUGGCAAAAUUAAUUUUUGCUCAUUUUUAAAUCUCGAAAAAAAUUCGGAAAGGUGAGUUUUGGGUUUUCAAAAUCCACGUGGCUUUUUGGAGCAAAGAACUCUGAAACUUGAGCAUUUUGAGCACAUAUUCGACAAGUUUCAGAGCAUUUUAGGGCUCAAAAUUCUCCAAAUUUUCAGCCGAGCACAUCAGAUUCCACGUGGUUUCUGGCGUAUUUUUUGAGCUCGAAAUGCUCGGAACCUUGUCAAAUUUGCUCUCAAAAUGCUCCAAAUUUAAAAUUGGAGCAUUUUGAGCAGAAAUUCAAAAAGUUUCAGAGCAUUUUUGGGCUCAAAAUGCUCCAAAAACCAUGUGGAUUCUGAUAAAUUUCAAACUGAACAGAAAUUUGGAGCAUUUUCAGCACAAUGUCAAUACGUUUCAGAGCAUUUUUGGGCUCAAAAAGCUCCAAAAACCACGUGGAUUCUGAUAAAUUUCAAACUGACUAGAAAUUUGGAGCAUUUUCAGCAAAAAAUGCUCCGAAACCAGUCAAAUUUAGGCUCAAAAUGCUCCAAAUUUUCAGCCAAACAUUUUUCAAAUCACCGAAAAAAUUUCUUCAGACCCGGCCCGUCUCGUAGUCCGCCCCGACUCCUCCACCGUCGCCAUCGAAUCCAAAAUCUCAUUUUUCUGCCGCGCCGAUGGAAAUCCGCUUCCCAGUGUAAUCUGGAGAAUCAACGGAAAAUCGAUAAAUGAUCAUCAUCGGAUAUCGAUCAAGAGUCUAUCUACAGGAUUAUCAACGCUCAGAAUCGAAAAUGUGACCAAAGAUGACAAUGGCACCGUAAUCAGUUGCUCCGCGGAUAACGGAGUGGCGAAUCCGGUGGUCGCGGAAGCGGUAUUGACCGUUAUUUCGCGCGACAAACUUCCGCAUGGCUUUCCGCAAAUCGAUCAACACCCCACCUUGAAAUCCGUGGAGCAAGGAAAAACCGCCUUCGUAUCCUGUAAAGUUAGCGGUGAUCCACGUGCAAAAGUCUUAUGGCUCAGGGAUCUGAUUCCGAUUGAUGUUCGAUCUGAUGGCCGAUAUUCCAUCGCAACCAUCGGAAAUCCUGGAGCUCUGAUGAUUCAGCAGGCGAGAGAGGAUGAUCAGGGAAAAUAUGAGUGUAUUGCAAGAAAUUCGCUGGGCGUUGCUCAUUCUAAAGCUGCUAAUUUGUAUGUUAAAGGUUAGUUUUGGGGGAGAGGGGGGGGAAGUUUUGGGGAGCUCUUAUAUUUUUUUAUUCGUGGCCAAGGUUUGUGAAUUUAUUUUGUGAUUGUCUGGUUUCUGAAAACUUUUUGAGUUUCGAAUUUUCGCGCCGAAAUUUUUUAAUUCAAAAUUUCAUUUUUCGCGCCAAUUUCGAGCUACAGUAAUCUGGUAUUUUUAGCACCAAAGUUUAAGAAUUCAAAAAAAAAUUGAAAAUUCAAAAAUGUGAUUUUUGGCGCCAUUUUUCGAGCUACAGUAAUUCUCAAUUUUCGCCGCCAAAUUUUGAAAAUUCAAUUUGUUUUGUGAACCAGAAUUUCAAACCUAUAAAAAAUACGUUUCAAAAUUUUCAUAAUAAAUUUGAUUUACAAAAACAAAAUUGUUGGAUGUAAUUAAUUUUUUCAAAAAAAAAAUAUUUAUUUUAUUCUUCCCGCCAUUUUUCGAGCUACAGUAACUCUCUAUUUUUAGCACCGAAAUUUAAAAAUUCGAAAAUUCUAGUUCUGGUGUGAAAUUUGAAAUUCUGAAACCUUAAAAAUUUUAUUCCCGAAAAAAAUACGUUCCAAAAUUUCCAUUAAAAAUUCGAUUUACAAAAACAAAAUUGUUGGAAAUUUUUAGAAAAAUCUCUGAGAAUUUCAGAAAAAAAUCUUCCAAACAAAAAAAAUUCCCCUACAUUUUCACCCGCUACACUUAGCCCAUCUCUUCUUCCACCACUAAAUUAUGCAUAGCCUUGCGGGGUUCCUCUUUUUUCCUCUCGAAAAAUACACAUCAAAUUUGCAUUAGUUCAAUUCCCAACACCCAAUUAUUCGGAGACACAAAGUGUUUCAAUUCAAAAAAAGUAUGGGGAAAUUUUUUGCCACGUGAAUUCUGAAUUUCUGAAAAUUUGAGAAUCUGGAAUUUUUUUUUGAAGUUCUAGAAAUGUUGCCACGUGGCUUCUAAUUUUCUGAAAUUUGAGAAUCUGGAAUCUUUGGAUCAUUUUUGAAUCUGAAAAUUUGAUUUCUUCUGUCACGUGGAUUUUAAGCUUCUGAAAAGUUACAAAUAACUUCUGCCACGUGGAUUCUGAAUUUCUGAAAAUCUGAAAACGUGGAUUUUUUUUUGAAAUUCUAGAAAUGUUGCCACGUGGAUUUUAAGCUUCUGAAAAUCGUGAAAUCUGGUCGAAAAAUUUUAAAUUCUGAAAUUUUCUUUUUGAAAUCAAAAAAGUUUCACAAUUUUUUUGUCACUUGGAUUUUCCUAACUCAAAUUUUCUUUUAACAUUUUUUUACAUUUCCAAAAAUCUGGCUCCAAAAAUUUAUUAGUGCUCCUCAGCAGCUCCAGAAAAACAUAUGUUCUCUUGCUGAUCUGCGAAAAAUGAAUAAAAUGGUCAAUUUGGCGCCACACAAAACCCAUAACUCAUAAUAGCACAAUUUCGUGGUGACACACAUGUUAUCUCGUGCUCUUGUUGUGGCUCCAAAUUUAUUGCACCACAGAAGCUGAGCUUCGAAACCCUGGGCUCCACGGGUCAAAGUUUAUUACAUUUCUCGAGCGAUUUUAUUGUUUUUUCCAGCUUCUCCUAGUUCUUCUUAUUUGCCCCCGGCCACACCAUGAAAACUUUUUACGAAAUAUUUAUUUUUGAAAAAUUUUGUUUUGAAAUUUUUUUGGAGACCAGAUUUGAAGAAUUUUGUUUGUUUUUUGGGAUUUUUUUAGGUCCGGGAAAUUGUUUCUGCUCAAUUUGAAAAUUCAAAAAAUUCGAUUCUAUUUUUACCUUUUUUCUGAGAACUUUUUUUGGGAUUUUUUAGGUCCGGGAAAUAUUUUUUCUCAAAAUUGCUUUUUCAAAAUAAAAUUGGGUGCUUAAUUUUUUUUUCAAAAAUUUCAACAAUUUAAUUUCUGGAAAGUUUUCAGCGAAAAAUUCAUUUUGAAUUUUUUUUCUCGAAAAAAAAACAUUUUGAGAUUCAAAAAUCCACGUGGCAACUAAAAAAUGAAUUCAAAAGUACAGUAUUUUUCCCCAGUCGCUGCGAGACCCUCCGAUGAAAAGCACAUUUGAUUUUGUUUCUCUGGAUGAUGUUGAGAAGAGGUUAAAGACGCAGAGGAUGAGGGAAAACAGUGGGAUUCUAAUGCAUUGUCCUGAUUCUAAAUCUAAAACUCUGCGUCUCUAACUCCAACAGAGAAAGAGAGUCAAGAGGGUCUCGCAGCGAUUGGGGAAGGGUACUGUACUUGAGGGGGAGAAUCUCUGCGUCUCUAACCCAAAUUUUAAAGUUUGAAUGUUUUCCAAGAUUCUUGAAAUUUUUGAAAUCCCAAAAUUAAAUCUAGGGGUCACUAAAACCUAAGCCUCCCUAUAAUAAAUCGUAAUAAUAAUGACCUGAUACACUUUUUAUCACUUUUUGUUCAUUUAUAUUUUCGGGGGGCCCUCAUAAAUCUCAACACCUCUCGAGCCUUCUGCUGCCCGUGUUCAUCUCUUCUUUUUUCUUAAAUAUUUUGACUACUCUUCUUCGUUUUCUACUCACUUAACCGGUUGAUUUACGACAAGAGGAAGUAUUUAGGUGUUCAGAAGCGCGCGCGGAAAAAAAGUUUUCUUCUUUGUUUUUUUUUUGGACCGAAUUAUUUAUGAACUUUACUACUUGAGUUGAGAGAAGAGUUGAGGUUGUGAAAAAUCUGAAUUUCAAAAAUUUGAUUUUUUCUCAGCCACGUGGAUUUAGGUCUGAAAAUUAGGGGAUUUUUCUGACAAAUUUUCUGAAGUUUUGAAGUUUCUUAAAUAUUUUUUUGACAAUUUUUUUUCAAAAAUCCACGUGUAAUUUUUUUUGCCACGUGAAGUUUUUUUUUCAAAAAAUUCCAGACACGUGGAUUUAUACUUUGAAACUUCUGAAAUUUUGCCACGUGGAUUUUUUUUUUCAGAAUUUUCAAAAAUCCCAGAGAACAAUAUGAUCCUCAAAAUUUGUAAAUCCAAAAAAGUUAUCCUAAAUUCCUGCCACGUGGAUUUUUUUAUAGAAACAUUCAGAAUGCAGAUUUUUAGAAUGCUCCUGAAAUUCUAAAAUGUGCGUUUUCAGGCUCAAAUCCGACUCUAACAUGAGCAAUGCUGAAUUUAAGCAGCUAGGCCCUAGAAAAUUAGACAAAAUUUUUUUCAAAAAUUCUGGAUUUUUUAGGCUGUUAAAAAAAACUCUCAAAAUUCCUGCCACGUGGUUUUCUGACAAUUUCAAAAUUCAAAUUUCUAUUUAAAUUUUUGUACCUGCCACGUGGAUUUUUCAAAUUUCGAAAAAGUCUGAAACUGAAAUCUUCAUUGAUUUUUUUAAUUUCAAAUUUCUAGAAAUUUUUUAUUCAAAAAAUUAACCCCUAAAAUUCCUGUGGAUUUUUUGCAACUUCAAAAUUCAAAUUUCUGAAAUUUUGUGCUCUGAAUUUCUUGCCACGUGGAUUUCUGGAAAUUUCGAAGCUCAAAUUUCUGAAAUUUUAUGCCCUGAAUUUCUUGCCACGUGGAUUUCUGGAAAUUUCGAAACUCAAAAUUCUUUUCUAAACCCAACUUAUCCCAAAUUCCUGCCACGUGGAUUUUUCAAACUUCGAAGAAGUCAGAAAAAUUCAUAAACAACCUAGACUUUUGCGAAAUCAAUUAACGGCUUGCGCGUAAAAUGUUUAUUUUAUUUUAUGGUUUUUGCCCCAAACAUUUUCAUUUCAUUUUAUCCAUUAUUCAUCCUUUUCUUCUUCACUUUUGCGAGGAAAAAAAAGAAAUCCUGAAAUAAUUUUUCACCUCAAAAAUGAUUGAUUAGAAAUGUUCGGAAGCAAAUUUUCCGACUGAUAUACUUUUUUUUUUGGUUUGAAACAAAAUUUUUUGAUCUACACGCAGCGCGUGACCGCAACGCGUCCAACUACAUUCAUUUCCUGAUUUUUUUCGCAACUAAUAUAAAAAUGUGUGUAUAUUUUUCCACCCAUCUGGUCAAGUAUCUUUUUUUUCCGUAUGUAUUAUUUUUUUUUCUAAUCUGAUCAAUCAUAGAUUCAAUAGAGCAGAAAAAAGGUCGUUUUUCAUUUGUAUCUUUUUCUGGACCCAAAUUUUUUUUUAAUGUUUUCGAAAAAAAAAGUCCAAACUCCCACUUAAUCUUAAUUUGGCUCAUUCAUUUCGAAUCAAGCCUCUCUGUUUUAUCUGACUUUAGAAUCUUUUCUACAAAUCGCAUUUUUUGGUGGCAUUUUUGUGGCCAAAAAUUCUAGAAUUCAAAAUUUUGAGCAUUUGAGAAUUUAGAAUUUCUUAACUUUAUUUUUCAAAUAUAUUUGACUGAGUAUCUAAUGUGGUACGCAGCCAAAUUUGAACCUUUGAAUACUUUUCACAUGAAGAAGAAUCCACGUGGCAAUAAUUGAAAAUGAAUUUGAAAAUUCAAAAUUCAAAAAAAAAAAUUGAAAAAAAAAAUCUGACUUUCAAAAAUUGUAUUUUUUCUUAGCCACGUGGGUUUGGGUCUGAAACUUGGGGGAUUUUUCCGACACAUUUUUGAUGAAAAAAAUUCAUGUGGAAUUUAGAAUUUACAGAAAAUCUGAAAAUUCUGGCUUUUUCACAGGCAAAAAUUCAAAUUUCAGAUUUUUUUCGAAAAUUUGAAACUCCAAAACUUGGAAAAAUUGUUGCCACGUGGAUUUUUUGAUAGAAAAAUUCAAAAUGCAGCUUUUUUCGAAAAAAAUGUUUUUUUUUUUGAAAAUUUCCAAGGAAUCAGAAUUCAGAAUUUGAAAAUGGCCCCAAAAUUUCGAAAAAAAAAAGUUUUCACAAGAAAAUUUUGAUGAAUUCCACGUGGCAAAGCAUUCUAUGAAUUUUUAAAAUCCAAAUUUUCAAACUCAAAUUUUCAACUGCAAAAAGUACACCUGCUCUUUUUUUCAAUCUGUAUGAAUUGCCAAUUUUUUUUUGUUUAUCUGACCUCUCUUUCUCCCCAAAAUCACUCCAAUAAAUCUUCGUUAUUUUCCACGUGUAAUUUGUCUAACUAUAGUCGAUUUGCAAUUUAUCACCUACUUUUUCUCUUAUUUUUUUCUUUUUUCUGAACCUCAAAUAUCAAUUUAUCUCUUUUUCCCCGGAAAUUUUCAUUUUUAUUGGGCGAAAAAGAAGAUGCUCUUUUUAUUUUCUCAUGAACAAAAAAGAUUUUUGUGGGAUUUUUGGGGCCAAUUUCCUGUUUUUUUCUGUUCUGUGUUUGCUUUUUGGAUUAAGUUAGCCUAAAUUCGGGGGAGAUUUUACGAUUUUUUAUAACUAAAUUAAGGAAUUUGCUUAAUUAAAUUUAUUUUGAAGAACACUUUUGGUUCAAUUUUUGAUUUAAUUUUUUUUUUUUAAAUUUUGCCACGUGGAUUUUUUUUCCUGAAAAAUUUGGAAAUUUUUUUUGAGAAUUUCAGAAUCUGAAAAAAAAUUUUCAACAUUUUUGGAAUUUUGGUAUUGAUUGGGAUUGCUCAUGUUAAUCUUAGAAAACACUGAAAAUAAUGGGAUUGCUCAUGUUAAACUCAAAAUCACAGUAAAUUUAGGAAACAUAGGGAUUGCUCAUGUUAAGCUUAGAAAUUCUAAAAGUUCGAAAUUCAUUUGAAACUCAAAAUUAUAGUAAAAUUUAGAAGAUUUGGAAAAAUCAGGGAUUGCUCAUGCUACACUCAAUUUUGACAAAAAAUUACGAAAACAUAGAGAUUGCUCAUGUUAAGCUUAGAAAACACUGCGAAUGACGGGAUUGCUCAUCUUAGGCUGAAAAAUGAGAGAUUUUGAUUGCGCCUUCAAAUCGAGCCAAAAAUUCAAAUUCAAAACAUUUUGACUGAAAAUUUUGUCCAAAAAACUAAGGAUUGCUCAUGUUAAACUCAGAAAUUCAAAAAAUCUGGGAUUGCUCAUGUUAAGCUCAAAAAACACUAAAAAUAUUUGGAUUGCUCAUAUUAGACUGAAAAAUCAGAGAUUUUGAUUGCACCUUCAAAUUGCGCUAAAAAUUCAAAUUCAAAAAAUUUUGAGUGAAAAGUUUGUCCAAAAAAAUUCUCAAAAAUUAUUUUGCUAAAUUUUUCAAAUCAAAAAGUUCCCGAAAAAAUUCUGAUUUUUUUCUCUUUUCUGAAUUUAGGCUAUCUUGAAUUUAGUGUAAUUCGAAAAUUUUCUUCCGAAAACCUUGUUUCUUUUUCACUAUAACCAGAUUAUUUUCUCACAUUUUGCUAAUUUGAUUUAAAUUUUCUCGUGUCCUCUUCUGAAUUUUCGAGAACACUUUAGAUUCCUCGAUUUUUCAGACGUCAUGAAAUAGAAAAAAUGCAAAUUUUUCUCAUAUUUUUAUUAUUGUUGGCCACAAAGUGUGGCGCAUUUUUGCAAAACACUUUGCCACUUUCGAUUUUCAAAAAUCUUGACACUUCUUCCACGUCGCCUGAUGUUUUGGAGAAGAUUCAUGUUGGAGCCGAAGCCACGAAUAAAAAUCCUAUGGGAGCGGGAGGUUCAGAUUUUUACAGGGGGGAUGGUUAUGACGUGGCACCUCUUCUGAGAUCUGAAAUUAAUUUCAGAAGCCACUAAUGUCCCCAGAAUCCCAACUAAAAUUGAUUUUCAGUCCGUCGAGUGCCCCCGUAUUUUUCGGUGAAGCUGGAACGAGAAUAUGUGGUUGGAAUGGGUGGAAGUAUCAAUUUGACGUGUGUUGCUGUCGGAUAUCCGUGGCCAAGGGUUUUUUGGAAGAAGACUGAUCAGCGUGAGUUUUUUGGGCUUUUGAACGCGUUGCGGUCAUGCGCUGCGUGUUAAAAAAUCCUGGAAAAUUAUACGUUUCAAAAUUUUUUCAAAGAGAUUUGCCAUUUUUUCAUGAAUAAUAUUGAAUUUUCCCUUCUUCUCAAAAAAAAAUCCAAAAAUUCCCGAAUUCCAGAAGUCAUUGAUGAUCCCUCAACGGCUCCAAUGACAAAAAAUGUGCUGACCUUGACGAACGUCGAAGUCACCGAGAACUUCACCUGUGUCGCUGUCAGCAAUCUUGGAAACAUCGAGGCUACCACCACAGUAAUCGUGAAAGAUCUCCCACCACCACCGAUUGAUAUUAUGGUGUCGUCUGUCACUUCGGAAUCGGUUGUCAUCACUUGGAAACCGCCCAAUUAUAAUGAGCCGAUUAAUAAAUAUAUUGUGAAGUUUAGAUUGAAGUGAGUUAAGGGGAUGUUUUGGGUGGUUUGGCAUGGUGUGAGGAAUUUUUGUUUUGAUCUACCAAGCUGAAAAUCCACGUGGCAUAAAUUCCAGAACCUCUGGAAUAUCUGAAAAUGAUUAUUUUGUUCUGAAGAUCUCAAAUUCCACGUGGCACAAUUCUAGCACCUCUGAAAAAAAUUCUGGUACAAAAAAUAGCACUGUUGAAAUUUGGAUUCUGGAAUUUUCAAACUUAAAAUCCACGUGGAAAACUAUUUUCCUAGUGCUGGAAUUCCACGUGGCACAAUUUUAGAAGCUCUGAAAAUUUUGGAGAUAAAAUUUAUAUAACUGAAAUUUGGAAUCUAGAUUUUUCAGACCAAAAAUAUUCCACGUGGCAAAGAUUUUUUCUGGAGCUGAAAAUUCCAAGUGGCAAAAUUCCAGAAAUCCUGGAAAGUUCCGGAAAAAAAUUAUAAAACUGAAAUCUGGAAGCUAGAAGUUUCUGCUCUGAAAUUCCACGUGGCAUAACUUUGGAAAUCGUAAAAUAUUUGGAGCAAAAAUUUAUGUAGCUGAACUUUGGAAACUAGAAUUUUCAGAUCAAAAAAUUCCAUGUGGAAAAUUCCAGAAUAUUUUAGAACUCCUCAAAUUUUUGAUUCAGAAUUUAUUGAAUUUUUGAAGCUCCCCUGCCACGUGGCAAAUUUGAGAAUUUUUAAUUUGGAAACUAGAGUUUUCAGCUCAAAAUUCCACGUGGCACAAUUUUAGAACUUCUGAAAUUUUUGAUUCAGAAUGUCUUGAAUUUUUGAAGCUCCCCUGCCACGUGGCAAAAAAAAUCUGAAAUUUUUAGUUCAAAAAUUCUACUGCUGAAAUUUGCAAUCUGAAUUUAACCGCCCUGAUUCAAAAAUUCCACGUGGCAAAAUCCCUAACUCAAUUAACUUAUGCUAACUCUAUUCCAGCAUGUUGUGUGAUUUUUCAGAUCUCCCGAAAAUCUACUCUCCAACGAAAAGGAUUUGGAUGAUGAAGAGUAAGCAUGAUUGAUUUUUUUCAGCUUUCCCAUUUUCUGAAAUCUCUGAAAACCAAUUUUAUUUCAGAUAUGCUGAAAAAGGUCGCUGGAAAUCGCUGGAAACUCUCGACACAAGUGUUGUGAUUGGAAAUCUGGUGGCUUUUCAAACCUACGAGUUCACUGUUCAAAGUGGCUCGGAUAUCGUUGGCCCAGGCCAGCCCAGUAUAUCUGUAGAGGCCCAAACAAUGACGAGUCCACCCUCAACUCCUCCCGCAAAUCCACAAGCCCGUUCUUUGAGUCGAGAUUCGAUUUUGGUCAAGUGGGGACCUUCGGAGCAGCCCAACGGAGUUGUCACCGGAUAUAAAGUGUAUUAUGUUUUGGCGGACGAUUCGGUGGUGGUGGUCUCGAAGCGAUUUGAUGAGAAGUGGAAUUUGCAUGAGGCGAAGGCUGAUGAAUUUAUGACUACGAUUUAUGGAUUGCAACCGGAUUCCAGAUAUUUUUUGAGGGUUUUGGCCAGCAAUUCGGAAGGAGAUUCACCGCCUUCUGAAGUUGUGACGGUUUCGACGCGGCAAGGAAGUUAGUUUGAUUUUUGAGGGGAUUCUGAACUUCUAACCUGAAGGUUUCUGGGAUUUCUGAUGUAGCUGUAUUUUGUUAAGGACUAGGAAAAGCUUCAAAAUCCAUAUAUAUUUUUUGAUCUACAUUUUUUUAGAGUACUGUAGAUUAUUCCUCAGAUUUCUUAUCUGAAAAAAAAAUCUGGAAAAAUAUUUUUGACGUGACCUAGAAAAUAGAAUUUUUUUGCUCACGGAAAAGCCAGUUUUUUAGCCAGUUCAAAAAUUGCUGGAAAUUGAAAGUGCCAGUUCUAAAUAUUAGAUUUACCGUAAGUCUAGCAAUUUCCCUAAAUCUUCAAAUUUAUGGCACAAUUUCAAAAAAAUCUAGUUUCAAAUAAGAAGUUCUUGAACAUCUAGCCCCUGCCACGUGGCAAACUAAUCAACAAAUGAUUUUUUUUCCAGUUCCCGGUCAACCAGCUCUCCUCAAAGUGCGUGCUCUCGACUCGCGCCGCAUCCAACUCGGCUGGGACAAACCGCUGUUCUCGUCGCCAAUCAGCGGCUACACGGUGCGAUACAACACGACUGAUGGGGAAAAAGAGCUGACAAUCACUUCGCCACACGAAAAACAUGUGAUCACUGGAUUGCAACCGGAUAAAUAUUAUGGUUUUAGGUAGGAAAUGGGCUUCCCAGAAAAAAAAAAAGAAAAAAAUUGGUCGCCGGGUGGGGGUCGAACCCUGGUCUUGCGAUUCGUAGGCAAAAAGCCAUACCACUCGGCCAAGCAGCCGCUUUUCUCUUUGCCGAAAAUUAUCAUAUUUAAAUGCGCCUCGAUUUCAGAGUUGCUGCAUAUUCGGACCGAGGUCAAGGAGAGUUCACCGAGCCAAUCGUCACCAAAACCAUAGCCUCAAGUGAGUUAGCCUAAAUAGUUUUGUAAUUGUUGUGUUGUGUUUAGUCCCCAUUGCGGCGCCCACAAUUCUCCACGUAUCUGCCACGUCAUCGCGGAGUGUUGAAGUGAAAUGGAAGGGUCCGGAAGGCAAGGGAUUGAAUGGUGGAACUCUCACCGCGUACCGCAUCGCCUACCGGAAAAUCAAUAGCGGAAAGCCGGCAACGCGGAAAGAUUCGGAGGAUUAUGAUGAAGAGGAUGAAGAGGAAGAGGAGCGAAAUUCUCCCGAAGCCCCGAAAUUUUUUGUUGUUCGCGCCGAGACCACAAAACAUCAAUUGACCGAUUUGCAACCGUACUCCACGUAUCAGAUUACGGUUGCCGCGUCGACAAUUGAUGGUUAUGGUCCGGAUAGUGCGCCGGUGAAUGUUGUGAAGACUUUGGAAGAUGGUUAGUUGGUUGAAAAAUUAAAUUUGGGAUGAUUUCAGGUGGCAAAGAUGAGGAAAAUAGUCAUAGUGGUGGGUUUUAG